AUGGCUCGGAUUCAAAAGGAUAUUCUUGAUUUAAUCAAUAGCGCCCAGGUUCAUAAUCGCCAAAGAAUAAGAAAUGAUAUAAUUGAUGUAUUAGAACAUUCACUUAGUCACCUGUCAUUGAAAUUGUCUCUCUAUGAUUUUGCCGACGGAUCAUCUGAAGAGUUAUUAUGUCUCGUUGGAAUUAUUAAAAUAGAAUAUAAAAGCAAGUGUAAUCGGUAUAAUAUUCCAGUUGAAUUGUGGAUACCUCAGAAUUAUCCAUACCCGGCUCCCAUGUGUUACGUUAAACCAACGCCAAAUAUGCAUAUAGCAGUGAAUACACAUGUAGAUCAAAAUGGGGCCAUUCACAUUCCUUAUUUAGAAAACUGGAAUCAAUUUCAAUUAUUUUUAGUUUAUACAAACAGCAGUGAUAGUUCCAGUAAUAAUAAAUCAACAAACAGUGAUAGUUCCGGUAAUAACAAAUGUGUCAUAUGUUUUGAUGCCGAUAUUGAUUGCGUUGUACUUGAAUGUGGACAUAUGUUGUGUUGCUUGAAUUGUUCAAAAUCGUUCCAGCAGUGUCCAAUAUGCAGACAACAAGUUCAACGUGUGAAAAAGAUUUAUAAAUCAUGA